AUGGAUUUGAUCAAAUCAUCCACUUCUUCAUCAACUAGUACGAGCAGGAAACCAAGAAAGAACAAUGGUACUAGUAAUCAAAGUGUCAAGCAAAAAACAGAGGAACAACAGAGCAAUUUUCGAUAUUUGGGAGUAAGGCGAAGGCCAUGGGGUCGAUAUGCUGCGGAGAUAAGAGAUCCAAACACGAAAGAAAGGCAUUGGCUCGGAACAUUUGACACUGCUGAAGAAGCUGCGUUGUCUUAUGAUAGAGCUGCACGUUCCAUGCGUGUUAACAACAAAUCUAACAAACCAAAUCGGACUAACUUUGUCUACUCUGACAUGCCACAUGGCUAUUCGACUGAGAAUGCUCCAGCUCCUAAUGCCGAUUAUGGGGCCCACUUCAGUCAGUUUUCCCUCAGCAACAUGAAUAAUGUUGGUGGCGAUAGUUGUGAUGGUGUAGAGUUUGUGUCACAACAAUACUAUAACCCCAACUACGACAUGCAUAUGGAAGAUUGUUACAGGUAUAAUAGUAAGAAUAAAACAACAACAGAAUUGCCACCAUUGCCAGAGGAUAUAACAAGCAGUGGUAACUACUACAACUUGAAUAGUGAAUUUCCAAAUUCGGAGAUGGGAUAUGACAGUAAGAAUGAAAUGAUAAUUGGUACAAAUAAUGAAUAUGGAGCAAGCACAAUGACUACAACAACAGCUGGGAAUUUUAGCUAUUUUGGUUUUGAUGAUUGUUUACAGCCAUUGCAAGAUGAUCCAUCCAACAAUAACAGUUUGGGUUAUUGGUUCUCAUAA